CCCACUCUGUCCACCCAUCCACAAGGUUUCUCAAACUCACCUCACUUUUUAACAAACCUGUACACUGGAUUGUCACCCUGGAUUAUAUACUGUAAUAAUCUCAUCCUGAUUUCUGGUGCCUGCAGGAGAGAUAUUUUGGAUUAUUAUCACCUGAUAAUGAUGCUGCCCCAGUGCUGAUUCAGGGUGUGAGUGCUGGAGGCAGAGAGAGACAGACACCUCAGUAACGCUGACUGAGUGACAGGCCAGACUGGACAUCUUGAUGGUGGUAAUAAGCUAAACAGACCCAAACCAAGGCUGAGAUGGAAUUACGACUGGGAUUUAGGAUCACCCUGGUCUUGGUCAUACUGGCUUUGACCCUUUCCGGCGAGAGAGUGGAAGCACAGAGGGCAGGAUGUAAAAAUGUCCACUAUGACUUGGCAUUUAUCCUGGAUACCUCAUCCAGUGUUGGAAAAGAGAAUUUUGAGAAGAUCAGGCAAUGGGUGGCCAACCUUGUAGAGUCUUUCGAUGUGGCACUUGACAAGACAAGAGUAGCCGUGGUUCGCUACAGUGACAGACCCACCACUGAGUUCAACCUGGGUAGACACAGGACCCUGGAAGAUGUGAAGCGAGCUUCCCGUAACAUACGCUACCUGGGGGGAAAUACAAUGACAGGGGAUGCUAUCAGCUACACCACCAACAACAUCUUCACGGAGCGGAAUGGAGCGAGGCCCAUAGCCAGAGGCAUUCAGAGGGUAGCCAUCCUGCUCACAGAUGGCCGAAGCCAGGAUUAUGUUCUGGAGCCCUCUAAGGCAGCUGCCAAAGCCGGCAUCAGGAUGUUUGCUGUGGGCAUUGGGGAGGCGCUGAAGGUGGAGCUGGAGGAGAUCGCGGCCGAGCCAAAGAAUGCCCACGUCUUCCACGUGACGGACUUUAAUGCCAUUGACAAGAUCAGGGGCAGACUGAGGAAGAGGCUGUGCGAGAAUGUCCUGUGUCCAAACAUGAAGGUUCAACCUGAUCGCUUUAAGCCCAACAGCACCAGUUAUGGUCUUGAAGAGGUUCCAGGGUUCAACCUGAUGGAGUACUUCAAUGUGAGAGAUAUUCUUGGAACCAGAGAUGACGAAGGCCAAAGUUCUUAUGUCCGCCUUGGCACCAUGCCCAUUGUACAGCAAACAGAAGAUGUGUUUCCUCAGGGGUUGCCCGAUGAAUAUGCCUUUGUGACGACAUUCAAAUUCAGGAAAACCUCAAGACGUGAAGAUUGGUACCUCUGGCAAGUUUUUGACAAAUAUGGAAUCCCACAGGUGUCCAUCCGCCUGGACGGUGAGAACAAGGCGGUGGAGUACAACGCUGUCGGCCUGACAAAAGAUGCUGUCAGAGCUGUGUUCAAGAACCCUGAAGUUGACAACCUGUUUGAUCGCAACUGGCACAAGAUUGCCCUCAGCGUGGAAGCCAAGUCUGUGUCUCUGUACCUGGACUGCAAACACAUCCAGACUUUGCCAAUUGAAGACAGGGAGGACAUUGAUAUCCAGGGAAAGACAGUGAUUGGGAAGAGGCUGUAUGACAGUGUUCCAAUUGAUUUUGACCUCCAGAGGAUGAUGAUUUACUGUGAUUCCAAGCAUGCAGAGCUGGAAACCUGCUGUGAUCUACCCAAUGGACCUUGCCCUAAGAAAGUUGUGACAGAGGUCCCCCCUGUGGAGAUCCCCACUCCAACACCUACUGUUGUGGAGCAACAAAGAGGCCCUCAAGUGAACUGCUCCUGCCCUGCAGGAGUGAAGGGAGAGAUCGGUGCACCCGGUGUUGCAGGUCCUAAGGGUGAAAAGGGUGACACUGGCCCUAAGGGUGCCUUUGGACCGCCAGGAAUCAGAGGAGAAAAAGGAGAAACUGGCAAAGUAAUCUCUGUCAAAGGCGACAGAGGUGAGAAGGGUGAUACAGGCAGUAUAGGGUUGACAGGUGCUCCGGGACAAAAAGGAGAGAAGGGACUUGGUGGUGUGCCAGGAAUUGAUGGCUUACCUGGAGACAAAGGAGACAAAGGAGGAGAAGGACGGGCUGGUGAUCCGGGGCUGCCAGGUGCAGAUGGGCCAAAGGGAAUUCAAGGGGAUGCAGGAAUUCCUGGCGUGCCAGGACCAAAAGGCGUCACUGGUGAAUCGGGUAUAAAAGGUGAAAAAGGAACUUCAGGAGCCAGGGGCGAGGCAGGUUUGGAUGGAUUACCUGGCAAACCUGGUGUUCCUGGGAAAGAUGGUUUGAGAGGACUGGUUGGUGCACCCGGGGCCAACGGAAUUAAAGGCAACAAGGGCGAGAGAGGCCUUCCUGGAUUACCUGGGGAUAUGGUUCAAAAAGAGGGCUUACGGGGUGAAAAGGGAGAGGCUGGACCUCCUGGGCCUCCAGGGGCCGAUGGCCCCCCAGGGCCUCCAGGUCCUCCGGGUCUACAGGGUCUGCCUGGGGAGCCUGGAGAGUUCGGCCAGAGGGGAAAGAAAGGUGAAAGUGGAUUGCCUGGAGUGGAUGGCCUUCCUGGACCCCCUGGUCCUCAGGGUCCAGCUGGACCACCAGGAAACCAAGGACACACCGGACCUCCUGGUCUACCUGGUGAAAUUGGAUUUUCAGGCAAACCUGGAGAGCCUGGAAAGCCUGGUCUUCCUGGUAAAGACGGUCUGGACGGUCUUCCUGGAAAUGACGGUACCGUGGGGCCCAGGGGAGAGCGCGGAGCAGAUGGUUUUCCUGGCAAGCCUGGAUCUAAGGGUGACGAUGGGCCUCCCGGACCAAGAGGACCUCCAGGGGAAAGAGGAGAAGCUGGUUCCCCUGGACAACCAGGUGCUGAUGGAGCAAGAGGAGACAGGGGUGUUCCGGGAGAAAGAGGACAGGAUGGACCAUUUGGGCCAAAAGGUGAAAAGGGCGACAAGGGUGAAGUGGGAGGUAGGGGACCGCCUGGCGCUCCAGGAAAUGUGGCAAAUGUCAUCCCUGAGCCUGGUGAACCUGGAACACCUGGAGAGAAGGGAGAGAAGGGGGAUCAAGGGAAACCAGGAGAGAUGGGUCAAAGAGGUUUACCUGGUGAACAAGGCUUUAAGGGACCACCUGGACCAACGGGUCCAAAAGGUGACACUGGACCUACAGGAGAGACAGGACGUGUUGGAGACCCUGGUCCACCUGGCAUAGCUGGUCCUCAAGGUCCUCGUGGAUUACCAGGGAACGUGGGCAUACCAGGGAUCAUUGGGCCUCCUGGUCCAGCUGGACAGAGAGGAGACAAGGGGGAUCCAGGUAAACCAGGACAAGCAGGUCCCACAGGCUCGCCCGGAGAGCCCGGUUUGACAGGACCCCCUGGACCACCAGGGAAGGGGAAAGACGGACAAAGUGGAGAACCAGGACCACAGGGAAUUCAAGGACCCCCAGGGCUAAAGGGCCAACCAGGGUCACGAGGAGAACCAGGGUUACCCGGGGACAGGGGUCCUGCAGGAGAAGGCAAAAUGGGACCACCGGGGCCUCCGGGAAAUAAUGGUGAACCUGGACCUGCGGGCUUGAGGGGUACACCAGGAGUUGGCGGUCCUCCGGGCCCAGCAGGACAUAAUGGUUUACCAGGAAGGCCGGGAGAGAAGGGAUCACCAGGAGAGCCUGGAAAGGCAGCAGACCUCUCUGACCUAAAUCUGAAGGAUGUUUGCUCAGACUGUCCUGCAGGUCCACCUGGACCACCCGGUCUCCCAGGAGUCCCAGGGGAUAAAGGACACCAGGGACCUCCAGGAAAAGACGGUCAAGAUGGUUACCAAGGCCAACCGGGACCAGCUGGACCUCAAGGGCCCCCCGGAGCUGACGGUGGAAAGGGUAUUAAGGGUGAUCGAGGACCUGCUGGAGGCCCUGGAGACAAAGGAGACAAGGGUCACCCAGGACCCCCUGGCCAUCCAGGUACUCCUGGCUUAAUGGGUACACCUGGUAACGAUGGACAGCCUGGCCCCGUCGGCCCCCCGGGGCCCCCUGGAGAAAAGGGCAAAGAGGGUCUCAAAGGAAUCCAGGGACCACUGGGUCUUCCUGGUUUAAUCGGUCAGCCUGGAAAAAUGGGAAAAGACGGCAGACCAGGUGAAACAGGAGAACCUGGCAAGCAAGGUGAACCUGGACCACCAGGAAACCCUGGGCUCAGGGGACUCCCGGGCUUCAAAGGCCACAGAGGAGAACCUGGAGCUCCAGGACCUAAGGGUGAAGAUGGAAAGUCUGGAUCACCUGGGCGUGAUGGCAAACCUGGAAAGGAGGGCCCUAUGGGACCUCCAGGCCGAGAAGGACUUAGUGGACCAAGAGGAGAGUCAGGCAAGCCAGGUGAACCAGGGCCAUCUGGAAAAGCAGGUCUCCCUGGAACUCCAGGUCUUAGGGGAGACAAGGGAGAAGCCGGCAACCCAGGAUUACCAGGCUUUAGUGGGCCUAAAGGCCCCGCGGGUCCACCUGGUCCAAUUGGCCCAGAGGGAAAACAGGGAAUGCCAGGCAGAGUUGGUGAUCGUGGCCUCAAAGGAGAUAAGGGAGACCCAGGUGUGAAGGGAGAUAAAGGACAUGCAGGAGAUCCAGGUAUGCCUGGAAACCCUGGACCCCCAGGCAGAAAGGGCCACACAGGGAUGAUGGGCAUGUCAGGACCACCUGGAGAAAUAGGAUCUCCUGGGCCACAAGGACCUUCAGGAAACCCCGGUGUCCCAGGCCAAAGGGGAGAGUCGGUAUCACUGGAGCAGAUGAGACGGCUCAUCCAGGAGGAGCUGACAAAACAAUUAGAUGCCAAAAUGGCUUACCUCAUGGCUCAGAUCCAGCCAGCCCAUGUGAAGAGUACAGCGGGCCGUCCAGGACCUCCAGGCCCUCCAGGUAAGGACGGCAGUUCUGGACGACCUGGCCCUCCUGGAGAGCCUGGUAUACCUGGACAGAAUGGAGGAGAAGGACCCAGGGGACCCAUGGGCCCUAAAGGUGAGAAAGGAGCAAAGGGAGAAAAGGGAGAAACUGGUAUUGGUGACAGAGGAGAGCAAGGACCGACUGGCCCAAUAGGUCCAGCCGGUCUGCCUGGUUAUGGUAAAGACGGAAGCCCAGGACAAGCCGGAGCCCAGGGAGAGCCAGGAAACCCCGGCCCCCACGGUCAGCCUGGACCUCCAGGUCCUCCUGGCCAAUGUGACCCCACCCAGUGUGCCUACUAUGCCAGCCUGGCACAUAGACCCCACACCAAAAAUGUCAAGGGGACUUAAGAAAGAAGAGACACAAAGAGCUUGAAGUCCAACUGUAUUUAUGAACUUGUUCGUGUCUGAAUCAAGAACGUUUCUUUUUCAAGAUAACCUCAGUAUGGAGGGCUGAAGCAAUAUGUGCUGCCGGUCAGAUUCUUUGUUUUGUUUGUUUUUGGUAUGAAGCUUGGGAUUUUUGGGGAUUGAGUACGAGGGGAUUUUUCAGAUUUAAUAUGGGGUAAAGAGGGCAGCUAAACAGUUUUUUCCUCACUUGCAUGCUUCCUGUAAAAUACAUAGGGAGAUAACAAGGGUGAUGCAAUUCCCUUCUUUUAAACCCCCCCAUCUGGAGAGAAGAUUUGGGAGUCUGAUAUUGUAUCGUUCAUCAGUAAUUAUCUCAUAAGUUCAGCUAGGCGUUUUCUUGCAGGAAUAUGUCUGCACCACAGCCUUUUUUCCCUGCCUCACACCAUUUUGCAUCAAUUACCAUUCACAGCCCACACUGUCCUAUGUCUAGCAAUAGAUGUCAGUUACUGCUCACUAAAUUGAUCUUUCGCUAGGGAUCUUCUACCAGUCUAUUGGUAAUUACUCAGUCAAGGGAAUUAUCCAUUUUAUUGUCAUUGAUGGGAAGGGGGGAGGACAGACAGUGUGAGGAACAAUCUCAAAUACCAAUAGUGAUUUUGUGUAGGAGGAGUGUUAAUGAGUUAGUGCGGAGAGUGAUGAAUGACCACAUUUGUGCUCUUCUUCCAAGCUGGAGGUAAGAAGCAGUGUUCUUACUGUAUGCAGCCUUGGUUUGGAUAGUAUUGGCACCACAAAACAGGCAGAAAAAUAGUAUAUCUAUCUAAAAAUUCCCCCUUAAACAAGCUGGAAUUUUGCUCGAUUUGUAGACAGAAACAAGACAAGAUUUUAUUCUGGAAAUAAAGUGGAGGCAUUCUGUUUAUUUGCCUGAAAAAUGCAACACAGUACCCACACUAUCAAUCGUUUUGUAUGAAUUUGUAUCGUUUAAAGGUGGAUAUCUGACUUUGAAAUGAAAGUCUUGUGAAAUGAAAAUCUGUCCAAAAUAGUAAUAACAUGACAUGUAUGCAUAAUUCAUACAUGCCAUGUAACGAUUUGUUCCAAACUCACCCACAGGAUGCCUAUUAAACCCGAGUCUAAAAAGACAGAAGUUGAGACAGGAAGAAAUGUCACUGUUAGAUUUGUACUUUUAUGUUUAAUGAAGUGGCUCUGGUCAUUCUCUCUUUGAGGAAUGCAUAGACUUGAGCAGUAAACAGCUUUGAGGAGGUGGUAUAAUUGCCACCUUUGUUUACCUUUCUUGAAAAGCUGCUUGUUUCUCACUGCUUUCUCUAAAUGUGCCACUUCCUUUCUGCUCGGUGAGGCUUAUUAAGCGCCUAUGCUGUGGCAGUGCCCGGGCAGCUCAGCCCUGCUCUGAAAAGACAUUGCUGUUCUUAUUUUGUCCCCUGGAACCUAAAAUUGGAGAGUUGCAUCCCUGCAUCUUGAUGACCAGACCAUUGUGGUAAGCAUUUGAAAGAUGUUUUGCCUUACAUCCCUCAUGGACCAAUUACACCUCUCCCCAGCCUCAGACUUGCUGGUCAUCUAGCACCUAUUAAAUCGCCUCAACAAAAGGGAUCACAUUUGUCUUUGUUUCAAAAACAUGAGGAAACACAAGCGCAAAGGGGAAGUGGGGGAGCAAAGAGAUCUUAUGUGAGCUUGCCAAGACAUACAGUAUGACCUACAGGUCAACGAUUAUCACUAUAUGGGCCACUUAUCUCGCUCAGGUUACCUAAUGGAAGGUCAUUCAUGAAUACUGAAGUUGUGGCUCUGAACAACUUAGUUUUGAAGAUGUUGGUAAAGCAGACUGGAGUUUUUAGUUUGACCAAUAUUUCUCGGCUGCUCUGGAGGCAGGAGUAAUUUCAUUUGUCGAGUUAAAGCAAGGCUAUGUAAUUUUUGAAAGAAGAAAUAGCACAUUCUUCAUCUUACAAAUGAAAAGUUGACUUCAUAUGCAAUAAAAUGCACCCUUGUGAAAUUCGGUACACUGCUACAGCCUCUAUGACCAGUAGCUUAUGGUGGCUAAUAUUAGCUAAUGUUAGCAAAAGGUUGAAUUUAACAUUUACUAUUAUCUUGCAGUUUUCACUUUUUGUCACAUGUGGACAGUGGCAUCUGUUCAGCAAAAGUUGGUUACAAAUUACUUUAAACUACAGUAACUGGUUCUUAUUUUUCAAAGAUAGUGGCAGAAAACAUAAAUAUUGUGAGGGUUGACAUUCAGCAGGCUGGACCUACUAGCUUGGGUUAAUACCUAAAAAUGCCUAGUGUAAAAUUAGCUGGUCAGCUAGGCUAACUAUCUGCUUUUCGAUGUAACAUACUUAGCCAACAAAACUGUAGGUGUUAUAGUACCUCUGAGGUUUAACUCCUAACCUCAGAGCAGCUCUGCCCAUGAGAAAAUGUAGUUACCAUAGUUAAAACUACAUUGGCAAAUGUUUGUAGCUACAGUACAUUAUGGCUUCUUUCAUCACAGUGGUAGAGAGCAGCUUUAAGUGCAAUUAAGUUCAAAUUUACAGUAGGUUCAGAAUCAGUUUUGGUCCUAAAUGUGUGAUUGGAAUAAAUUACCUGCUCAGUCAAUAUUGUCAUACCAUUUAAUAUAUCUGUUAGCUGCUUCUUUGUCAAUGGUUUAUUAUUGAACUAUCAAACCGUGUCAGUAUUGCCCUUUCUUGGUUUUGUAAAUGCUUGUUACAGUGAUCAGUAGACUAUGUGUUACAGGGUGGGAUGGUAAGUUGCUGCACACAGCUCAAAAUUUCGUAAUGCAAAUAAGAUAAACAGCUUUCAUUAUUCAAAUUAGCUGUUUUUUCUGAUUGAAAGAUUUUAUUAAGCUAUAUUGCUAAAUUAUUCAUGAUUUAAACCAAUGCAAACGUGUUGUAAAUCAUUAACUAAACUGUAUUAACCUGUUUUUUCCAUUUUUUCCUGAUGAAUUGGUGCUAAGAUAUUUAAAAUUAGUAGCAUAUUGUAAGUAUUGGAAAGACACAUGUACUGUACUGUAUAAUAAAGACUAGAACGGAUUCAUUUUAUAA